AUGAUACUCAUCAUUCUUGCUAGUUUUACUCUAUUGAGUGUAUGCAAACUUUGUUCCAUAUUUCCUUACGAUUAUACGAAAAUUGUUGCAAAAGGAAAAUGAAAAGAUAGUUAAGGAUUUAGGAGAUUACUUCAGCUAAACUGAAUAUAAAAAUGUAGAAAUAUUAAGAGAUGAAAAUAAUAAACCAUCUUUAUUGAAACCAAUAUAACUAAUAAAUAUAAUGGAAAUGCUUCAAAUUGUAAAAAUUGCUUUUGAUAUUUUAUUAAUCAAGAAGAUAAUAUCGUAUUAUGUAUAAACUUCUUCAGAAUUUGAAUGGCUUAAUAAAUAUAUUAAUUAUAAAUAAAUAAAUAAAAAAUAAACAGGACUAGAUAAGGAAGUUACCAAACUUUAACUCUAAUAAAAUUAUUGGAAUAUCAAUUAAGUAAAAUGUUAAUUAUUAUUUAUUUUGGAUGCAAAACACCUAUUAAUAGAUUGUUAUUAAAUCGAUACUGGAAACUUAAAUAAUCAAUUUUAUUUAAUCAAUUAAGAUUAAGAAGAAAUAAUGAUGAUAGAAAAUAUUUAUCCUUUGUUAGCAGAUUAAAGAGAUAAAUACUUAGCACAAAUAAUUAUAUUUAUAGAAUUACAACUUACUCAACCGAUAAUCCAUCAUAUAUUGAAGAAUUAAUCUUAAAUUAUGUAACAUUCCGUGAAUACUCUUUUGAAAUAGUUGAAGUAAUAGUAGGACCAUAAGAUCAAAUCCUUAUUUUGGAUUCAAUAGGUAAUCUAUUUUCAAAGAUGUAUCUUAUCGAUAAAAACAGUUGGAAUUUUUCAUUUUUAGUAAUGA